UUCAUAGGUCGGCGAUAUUGCUCAAAGAACAAUGGRGGAUGUAGUCAUUUGUGUCUUCUMUCACCCAAGGGCUAUUCCUGUGCAUGCCCAACAGGUGUUCAGCUUCUUUCAGACAAGAAAACUUGUGAACAAGGACCUCAACAUUUUCUUUUGCUGGCCAGAAGAACAGAUCUCCGCCGCAUCUCUCUUGACACCCCUGAUCACACUGAUGUUGUAUUGCCAAUAACUGGGAUAAAACACGGAAUGGCAGUGGACUUCGACCCUGUGGAUAAGUAUGUUUAUUGGAGUGAUGAUAACCAUGACAACAUCAAAAGAGCAAGGCUUGACGGCACAGAUCGGGAAGUUGUAGCAACAAUAGAAGUAGAAAAUCCUGAUGGGAUAGCUGUGGACUGGAUUGCGAGGAAUCUGUACUGGACGGACACAGGGAUGGACAGAAUAGAAGUUAGUCACUUGAAUGGUUCUUCACGAAGAGUGCUGAUUAAAGAUGGUUUGAAGGAACCUAGAGCUAUUGUUGUUGAUCCAGGGAGGGGAUAUCUCUUCUGGACAGACUGGGGAAAAAAUGCUAAAAUUGAGCGAGCAGACCUUGAUGGAAGCAACCGAGUUGUCCUAGUAAACACGUCAGUCAAUUGGCCCAACGGUCUCGCUAUAGAUUACAAAGAAAAGAAGCUUUAUUGGGCUGAUGCAAAGCUUGAUAAAAUAGAAGUGAUGGAUUUUAAUGGGAAACACCGCAGAAUAAUCGUUGAUAAGCAACUUCCUCACGUCUUUGGGUUGACAUUGCUUGGUGAUAAUGUUUACUGGACUGAUUGGCAGACCAGGACUAUUGCUAUGGUCAAUAAACGAACUGGAAAAGGGAGAAAGAAAAUCAUCGAUCAGCUGCCUGAUCUGAUGGGAAUAAAAGCUGUGAAUCUUACCAUUUCAUACGGAACCAAUCCUUGUCAGAAAACUAACGGCGGAUGUAGCCACCUAUGUCUGUAUACUCCUAGGGGGGUAGUGUGUGGCUGCCCUACUGGUAUGGAACUUCUAAAAGACCAACGGACUUGUAUAGUUCCAGAAGCCUUUUUGCUGUUUUCGGGAAGCAGAGAAAUCCACCGUCUCUCUCUGGACACGUACAGCGGUGACAGGAAAGUCCCAAUCAUGGGAGUCAAAGACGCUAGUGCUCUGGACUUCAGCAUAAAAGACAGACGCAUUUACUGGACAGAUACCACAUUAAAACAAAUCAACCGCGCUUUCUUAAACGGAAGUGAAAACGAAAGACUCAUCAGUGUCGAUCUUGGCUACCCGGAGGGCAUUGCAGUCGACUGGAUUGCAAACAAUCUGUACUGGUCUGACGCAAAGAGGCAUAAAAUUGAGGUUGCAAGGCUUGAUGGGAAGCAUCGUAGAACUCUUAUUUAUAAAGAUAUUUGGGAACCUAAGUCGUUGACUCUUGACCCUUUGAAUGGGCAUCUUUAUUGGGUGAAUGGUGGUAACCAAGCAAGCAUCGAGCGGUCUGACUUAGAUGGAACUAACCGUACCAUAAUCAUAAAGAAAAACUUAAAGAAACCYAUGGACAUAGCGCUUGACUACAAAGAGUCCCUACUCUACUGGGUUGACGGCGAGAAAAAGAUUAUAGAGUGCUCAGACCUCAAYGGRCAUAAYAGACGCGUCGUCGUGCGAUCYYUACCAAGUCCGUACGCGYUSACACAGUAUGAYGGGUAUAUCUAYUGGUCUGACUGGGAGACYAAYGCGAUAGAGAGAGCGAAUAAGUCGACUGGAAUGAACAGRACGAGAAUCAGUGGGAAUGUGGACUUUGUUAUGGAUAUUGUUGURUUUCAUGCAAGCAAGCAGGAAGGUUGGAACAAAUGCUCAGUCAACAAUGGAGGCUGCAGCGAUCUUUGUCUAACACGAGGAGGCCGACAGAGAACAUGCAGCUGUCCGAUGCACUUCCGAUUACUUCCCGACAAUAAAACCUGCCAAGCUCCAGAAGCCUUUAUGCUGUACAGCACCACCAAAUCGAUCCACCGAUUCGUCUUCGAUUCCGACGACUUCGCCGACAUCAGCCUCCCACUACACGAAAUAGAGAAAAUGAAUGCUAUUGGCUACGAUAUCAAUUCCGAGUUUGUUUACUGGGUCGAUAUGAAAUCGAACUCAAUCCAACGAGCUUACGAAGAUGGUUCGGGAUACUCAGUCGUGAUUUCCGAAGAUGGCGUCACACCUUUUGAUCUGGCUAUCGAUCCAUAUGGAGAGCAAAUCUAUUGGACUGAUAGCAGCAGGAAUGAUAUUAAUGUUUUUAGUUUGAAGAAGAUGAAGCCUUUGGGAGUUGUGACAUCGAGGAAGAAUGAACGUCCACGGUUCAUUGUGUUGUACCCGGAAAAAGGUCAAAUGUUCUGGACUGACUUGGGCGAGGAAGCGGGAGGCCGACCAUCGAUACAUCGUGCUGCAAUGGAUGGAACUGACAGGGAAACUAUAGUCAACACGGAUCUCAUCUCCCCCCAGGGACUAGCUGUUGAUACAGUGCUGGAGAAGAUUUACUGGACAGACACGCAUUUGAUGAAAAUAGAAUAUGCAGAUCUCAAUGGUGCCAAUCGUGCAGUCCUUGUAGAGCACAACCUACUGAAGCCCAUUAGCCUUGCCAUAUAUGGUGAGUUUUUAUACUGGAUUGACAGCCAGGCUCGUGUUAUYAACCGCGCUAAAAAGACACUCGGUAGCGAUUUGAAGACAAUUCAAGCCAACAUCGACGAUUUGACGGAUUUGGUUGCUUUGGAUCGCACCAAACGCUCAGGUUCCCAUCCUUGUGCACAGAACGACUGCAGCCAUAUUUGUCUUGUCGGGCGGAAUAACAAGGCGAAAUGUUCUUGUACGGGCGCACUGGUUCGACAAGAAGACAACAAGACUUGUGGAGAACCAUCAACGUGCAAUGCCAACCAGUUUACUUGUCUAAACCGUGCYUGUAUUCCSGCKGCCUGGAGGUGUGAUGGAACCCCUGAUUGUAAAGAUCAAGCUGACGAAAAGAACUGUCCACCAUGUACUGAGGGCCAGUUCAAAUGUAAAGACGGUCAGUGCAUCGACUUAAGUGCCAAGUGYGAUAACCGUACRAACUGUUCCGAUGGAAGCGAUGAACAUGACUGUUCUGUCUGUGGACCCAACGACUUCAGCUGCCACGAGACAGGAAAAUGUAUAACUGCKACAUGGGUGUGUGAUGGUAUGCCUGACUGCAGCGAUAACUCAGAUGAAAUGCACUGUGAAGGAAAUAGCACCAAGGUCGACCCUCCUCUUAAACUGGCAUCACCCAUGAGCGCCAAGAUGGUUGGUGGUAUUGUGUCUUCGAUAAUCGUAUGCAUUUUCGUUUUGGCUGUWUCAUUACUUGUCUGGCGAAAGCUUAAGCGAAACCCAGACAGUCACGUGUCACACGAAAUUGGUCUUGUAGUCACGCCAGUUUUGAACGGUCACGCGCCGUCGUCAUCAUCUCCGAGUGAAUCUCACGCGAGUCUCUAUGUGUCUGUUGUUGGRUCUGGAAAUUCAGGUCAAAGGGURAUGCUCUUUUCAAAGGACAGCGCUCAYAGUACGGGUACAGCGCAAACUGCUUACGACCGSAACCAUCUUACUGGGGCUUCCUCCACKUCGUCAGCGUGUACUGUUAUUAGCACAUAUCCACGWGAACCACUCAAUCCCCCUCCGUCACCAGUGACGGAGCGRUCGCUAUUCUCAUCAAGAUCACGUGGUUAUUGCGAUUCUGUAAUGACGCCUUCCACGUGUCCAAGUCAUCGUUAUUAUCGUACGCACAUGCCGCCACCGCCCACUCCAGUGUCUACAGACGCCGAAUCGUCGAUUCAYCAACCUUUGCAUCGAUACCAUCGGAAAUCACACGGGCCGCGGAGCAAAAAGACUAAACGACACGCGUGCAACGACACCGUGUACGAUUCAGACAUUUUCGCGCCACCACCGACGCCGAACACGAACUAUCUCUCAGAAGCAACUCAUCUUUCKGAUCAAGAGUGCCCGCCGUCUCCGACGAUUACCGAAAGGAGCUAUUUUCAUCCCUACCCCCCUCCCCCAUCGCCAGUGACUGACACACCGUCUCUGGUGUCACAAUUAUAUUGAUGCUARUAAUCAAUGAAGCUAUUAAUAGCAAUGAAUGUUUAUAAGAGAAUGACUGGAAAAAGAUCCUCGAAUCUGAUGCGUUUGUGUGGGAAUUUUAUGGUUUGUAAAUCCCGUGGAUUUGCCGAUGCUUGACAAAUUAUCUACAAAGUUAUCGUUCCCUGUUUUAUACGUUUCAUGUAUUUUUGUCCUUACUUUUCUGCUUCUCAUUUCUGUAAUUUCUGAUGUAGUCGUUCUUCUGCCAUCAUCUUUUUCUCCUCGUCUUUUUUUUCAUGUUGUGUUUCCCUUUCUUCUUGUCCUUGUUGUUGUCAUUCAAUCUCUCCUCCUUGUUUUUCUUGUUCUUCCCUUUAUUCUUCUUGUUUUCCUUCUUAACAAUAUCGAUGGAUUUAUCAUCAACGUAUCUAGUUUUAUCUCUUUUUUGUUUCCACGCAUAUCAACAGUCAUGAGAUUCGAGGAUUUUGAAUUUUUUACCUUCCCAAGUGCCUUUGYGCUAAAAGUCUCUGUAGACAAGAUGGAAGCCAUAUUGGAUUUUGCUAUAAUUCAUCCUAUAUAAUGACAGUAGGCUGUAACUUGUCUUGAAAUACAAGUUUGGUGUUCCACAUACAAAAUAUCUUUGAGUUACCGUUAAUUUAUUACUAAUUUAAUGCAAAUUUUUUUUCCAAUUCAUAAAAUGUGGCAACUUAAAAGCGCAAAGGCUCUUGGGUAACGUAAAUAUUUAAAUGCAWUAUAUAUCUGUAUAUACUGUAAAUACCAUAUAGUUGUAAAUGAUAUAUUCUCCCAACUCUAAAAAAGGGUUUACAAUGCUUAUAUUGGGAGAAUUUAAAAUGAAUCAGCAAAAACAGUCGAUAAAUGAUACUUUGACCGCCAUCUUGUUUCGUGUGCAAGGGAUUCUGGGURUUGGCAAUCCCAGAAUUCCUGGUACAAAAAAUAAUUUUGGUGAUUAAUUUCAGCCAAGUGUGAGGUAUCAGCCCAUGUUGGAUGGGAAAUAACUCAUUUUGAUUGGCUAAGGCAAGAGCCUGUCUGUAGAAUACCUUUUUAUAUUUUGUUGAAUUAAUAUAUUUUAUUAAAAUAAAAUUAUUACAGCGUC